UGCCCCAGCGCAGACCAAUGAGCGUGUGCGGUACUCUCGGCCCCCAGGUCUCCGGGAGGCGGGGGGCUCCCGUUGCAGUCAGCGACCAGCGCCUGGGAAGGUGUUGGGGGGGGCGCGGAAGAAGCCUCUGGAGCUGAUUGGUGAGUCUGCAUUCCAGGUCUGUCUUUCCCUGUGGCGUCACAGAGCCCCGUGGGCGGUCCCGAGGCUCGGUGGGGACUGACAAAAGCUCGGGACACGCAGGGUCCAACAGAGGCAGAGUGGCCCGACCUGGCUCUGGACGCUGAAGUGGAACUUGAAGAUUAAGCAGCAGCCAGAGCUGGAGGCAGGCACCAGAUCCGUUCACUGAGAGAUCCACGCGAGCCUGAAGCCAGCGGAGUCCGAGCCGCCUGCCCACGACCCCACAAGUCCCGAACAAACCCGUGAGCCCGCGAGCUCCCCAGAGCCCACCGCCGUACAGGCCCGCCGCCCCGAGCCAAGCCUCCGGAAUGCGAGCUGCGCGCAUCGUGCUCCGCGGAGCCUCCGGCUCGUCGGCCGCCGCUGCGUCCGUGCCCCCAGUUCCGCGGGCAGUGGAGCGCUUCUCCCGCUACAGCCCGUCCCCGCUGUCCAUGAAGCAACUGCUUGACUUCGGCUCCGAGAACGCUUGUGAGAGGACCUCUUUUGCCUUCCUGAGACAAGAACUUCCCGUGAGGCUCGCCAAUAUCUUGAAAGAAAUCGAAAUUCUCCCGGAUCGGCUCGUCAAGACCUCCUCCGUGCAGCUGGUGAAGAGCUGGUACAUCCAGAGCCUCAUGGAUUUAGUGGAAUUCCAUGAGAAGAGCCCAGAGGACCAGAAGGCUUUGUCUGACUUUGUAGAUGCGCUGAUCAAGGUCCGGAACAGGCAUCACGAUGUGGUCCCCACCAUGGCCCAGGGCAUUAUUGAGUACAAGGAUUUGGGUGCUGUGGACCCUGUCACCAACCAGAAUCUCCAGUACUUUUUGGACAGGUUUUAUAUGAACCGCAUCUCCACUCGAAUGCUCAUGAACCAGCAUAUUCUCAUAUUUAGUGGCUCAAAGACAGGAAACCCAAGCCAUAUUGGAAGCAUCGAUCCCCAUUGUGAUGUGGUUGCUGUGGUCCAAGAUGCCUAUGAGAGUGCCCGAAUGCUCUGUGACCAGUAUUACCUCGUUUCUCCUGAACUGAAGCUAACACAAGUGAACGGAAAAGUACCUAACCAGGCCAUUCACAUCGUCUAUGUCCCCUCACACCUUCACCACAUGCUAUUUGAGCUCUUUAAGAAUGCCAUGAGGGCUACAGUGGAGCACCAGGAACACCAGCCAUCCCUCACGCCUAUUGAAGUGACUGUUGUCCUAGGAAAUGAAGACCUGACCAUCAAGAUUUCAGACCGAGGGGGUGGUGUUCCACUGAGAGUCAUUGACCGCCUCUUCAGUUAUACCUACACCACUGCCCCGACCCCUGUGAUGGAUAAUUCCAGGAAUGCUCCUUUGGCUGGUUUUGGGUAUGGUUUGCCAAUUUCUCGUCUUUAUGCCAAGUACUUUCAAGGGGACCUGAAUCUCUAUUCGUUGUCAGGGUAUGGAACAGACGCAAUCAUCUACUUAAAGGCGCUGUCUUCUGAGUCCAUAGAAAAACUCCCUGUUUUCAACAAGUCGGCCUUCAAACACUACCAGGCAGGCCCAAAUACGGGGGACUGGUGUACCCCAAGCAAAGAGCCAAGGAACCUCUCCAAGGAGAAGGUGGCCAUGUGAUCAAGGCUCCAACCAGAUUGCUUCAGAAAACAUGGGGCCUCCAGACUUUGGUGGGAACAAAAAACAAGUCCUGUCUCCAUCAGAAUCCUGGUCACAGGAGAUGGGCAUGUGUGUGUGUGCACGAGCCUUACAAAGAUGCAGCCCUGUGGACCGACUGCAUGCAAGCUGUUUGUGUGGAGGACCUGGCGGGAAGCUACCAAGGGCCAACUGGUACAGGCAGAGGGUGCUUUGGGCCCCCAGCCCUCCCUCACCCCAGGAGAGGAGGGGCUCAGGCACUGAGUGGUCCUUGACACCACAUUCAGGCCCCCAUUUCUCAGCCCCAAGGUCAGCUCUG